GGCGGAGGCGCUGCUGCCGCGGGAUGGGCUUGGGCGACGCGGGCGCCGAGCGAGAGGCGGGCAGCGCGGGCUGCGGCUGAGGGUCCGGCCGGGCGCCGCCUGACGGGGAGCUGCCUCGCUCUCUCUCUCUCUCUCUCUCCGGGCGGGGGGAGGCGCGAGAGCGAGCGAGCGAGCGGGGAAACACCCCUCGGUGCUACUUGAAUUACUUGAAAUCGCCACUUGUGACACUGUUCUGGCGAGGAGGCAGCAGCCUCCGCCGCCGCCGCCGCCGCCGCCGCCAGGAUCGCAGCCCAGCCCGCGCUCCCUCCCGGAGUUGGCCGGCGUCGGCGGGCGCGAGGGCGGCCAGGUCAAAAGGUGGGGCUGGCGGCGCUUCUCCCGCUUUCUCCGGGGGGCGGCGGUCACGGAUGCUCGUGGUUAUGUAAACGCCGAGGAGGCGCGGAAGUGGAUCCUUCGGCGUGAGCGCCUCCCCCCGCCACCCGCAGCCUGAAGGCAGCGCCCGGAGCCGCCCGGAGAUCGCAGCCCGCCGGUCCCCCCUCGCCCCUCCGCCUCUCCCCGCGGGAAGCGUGGCCCAUCGGCGCCCGCAGGAUGUCCGCGGUGGCGUACAUGGACUUCGUGGCUGCCCAGUGCCUGGUGUCCAUCUCCAACCGCUCCGCGGCCCAGCCCGACGUGACCCGGGAAGCGGAGCUGCUGAAGAUGCCCGAGGAAGAGGAGGACGAGGCCGCCGCCGCCGCCGCCGUGACCAAGGAGAUGAACGACCCCCGGGACGCCUGGAAGGAUUAUUGCACUUUGGUGACCAUUGCCAAAAGCUUGUUGGACCUGAACAAGUACCGGCCCCUGCCGACCCCCUCCAUCUGCAGCGACAGCGUGGAGAGCCCCGACGAGGACGCGGGGUCCGACAGCGACGUGACCACCGAGUCCGGCUCCAGCCCUUCGCACAGCCCCGCCGAGGGGCAGGAGGCGGGCGGCGGGUCCGACCCGCUCUCGCUGCUGCGCGGCGCGGCGCCCGCCAAAGGGAAGCUGGCCGCCGAAAAGAGACACAAGUGCCCCUACAGCGGGUGUGGCAAGGUCUACGGCAAGUCGUCCCACCUGAAAGCCCACUACCGAGUGCACACAGGUGAGCGGGGGUCGGGGGUCCGGGGGGGGGUCGGGGCUGGAGCUGUUUACAGAAAGGCUUCCGUUACAUAAAGGCAAGCAGGGCUCUGCUCUCGCCGCUGCUGCUUUGCCUUUAAAAAAAAGAUGUCGGUUGUCCUCGUUUGAACCCUCUUAAAGAUGCGGCGGUGGUUUUCGCUCUCCUGGGCUUCCCGGCCCGUUUCCGCCUUCGCGGCGCUCGAGAGAGCAGCCUGGCUUCGUCUGGGUACAGGGUGUCGAUGCAAACGGCACGUCAAGGCGGUGGGUGGGUGGGAGGGAGAGCAAAGGGUGUUUUCACGGGCUUGUCAGCUCCGGAGCCUCGGGUUUCCCCCUCCCCUCUCGCUUAGGUGUGCUUACACUGAGAAGCUCAGGCCAGCAGAGGAGCUGUUUAGUCCAAAAAUGCUUAUUUGAGGAUGGAAGGAAUGCAAGGGCUGGGAGAGGGAGAGAGAGAGGCAUGCUUAAGGUUAUGUAUGCGCUGCUAGAGCUUCUAAGGGAUGCAUCUGAUUUCAUGAUGACUCUUUGCUUCUUGCCAGGGCAUCUGUCCAGGGGUCUGCCUGCAGAUCUUGUAUUGUGUUGUCUAGAAUUAUAUUUCAGUGAAGUAAAAUAGAGAAUGGCAAGCUAACUUCAUUCCUCCUCAGCUGUUUCCUCAAAUAGCAUAUUUUCUAGAGCUGCAUUUGCUUGGGCUUCCAUGGCACAUCUUGGUUCCAUAGAACUCACUGGGCGUGGCCUGGUUUUGGCAGUUGUUGUGGAUUGAUGAUGUCCUUUCUGAACUCUUGUGAAAAGACGCAUGGGUGAUCCUGAUGUUCACUGCAUUUUCAUGUGUGAUUGACUGGGCAGAGAAAGGGAUAAGAGUGUGAAGUCUCUGUCUUUGGAAACUUUCCCAUCUAUCUUUUGAAAUGACUUUCAGUUUUCAUUUAAUCCUCAAUAAUACAGUAGUCAUCUUCAUUUGAGAUAUUUGAAUGAAGACAUGUUGCUUGACUGCCUGAUGUCUUAGGUAUUAGAAUCAGCGGUUGAGUGUGUCUUCAGUAAAGUGUUACUUCUAGGGGAAUGCUUACUGUUUUAUUCCCAGUUUAGAACCCAACCCACUGUAAGGGUCACACCCUCAGCUACUGAACACAGCUGGUUUUUCAUUGCAGUAUUCAAUGUGCAUCGCCAAAAGAAAAAUGAAUUGCUUCACAGGUGCAUGUUUAAGUAAAGCUUUUGUGGAAGACCAAGUGAUUGGUGAAUGUCACUUUUUCCAGCAAAGGACAUGUUAUCCAUUUGUGUGCGCACAUGUGUUGGCAGCUUCUAAUAAUGGUAUGAUAGCACACAGGGCUACGUAUUUCUGUGGUAUGGCAGUGGCAGAACAUGGCUCUUUCAUAGUUAUGUGGUUAUACAUUUGGACUCAAGUCCUAAGAAAAUGGGUGUCUAUAUUUUUAGUCUUAGACAUUGGUGUACCCUACAUUCAACUGGUACUUGCCUUGGCAGUGUCUAUAGACUGGGAGAGAGGGGAAGUAAAUGCUGAAUUCACAACCCUAAUUAUCCAUAAAACAGGAUAUUUUGUGCCCUGAGUUGGAUGAUAUAGCAGUUUUGCAGCAUGUUAACCUAGCAAUAUAAAAAGGUAUCUGUUUUAGCAAUUAAAUUCUAAUUCUAAAUUCUGAAAGCUGUGUUUUUAGAUUUUAAGGUUUGGCUGAGAGCACUGCAUGAUGCAUACAAUCUGCAUGGCUUUUUAAAAGUGGAAGCUGGCCUGAUAAGGGGAGAGACGGAGUAGGCAAGAGAGAAACUCAUGUUGCUCAAUAUUAGCAUUUUUCUUGUAGAUUAUUUUCCCACCACAACUUCCCCCCUUAAAAGCCAUCUGGAAGAGGAAGAGAUCUUUGUUUUAGGAAUUGACACAAGACCAGUAGCGCUGCAAACAUCCGUGUACUAAAGUAUCUUUCUCCUGGAGGGGUGGCCGAAUGUGGAUUCUGGCUGAACUCCCCGCUGAAGUGUCUUUCUGGCCUAGUUCUGUCUACUGUGGGAGGGGAGUCCCAGUGCCGCUUUCCUGCUGACAGAACUGGCAUCGUAUGCAGUUCAGAACGGAAGAUGAACAGGAAAAGGAGGGUCGUGUGUCACUCAGCAGUGAUUCCUGUGGUUAAAACACAGAACAUAGGAAAGAAAAGAGUAAGAGCAACACCAGCCAGUUUCCUUAGUAGAGCAGGAGUUCCAGUUAAUUUGUGAAUGUACAGAAGUCCAUCACCUGAGGCUGUCCCACUAGCUUUUGGUGCCCAUGCUGAACCAGUAACAUCAGAGUUGGAUUGGAUUGGAUUUAUGUGCUUUUGGCAAUUAAAAUGUUUCAGUUAUCAUAUCAUUUUGCAAAGUAUGGAUUUAAUAGAUUUGGUUUGAAAUGUGUACCGGAUUGAAAUUCUCCCCAAUCCCUACCUGACACUGGUUUAUAUUCUACCGAUAAUGACAUCUGCUCAAUGGUCUGCAAGUUAGGAAUGCAAAUUACUUGUGUUAUUAAUUGACCUGCUAGGUGUGUACAUACAUGCACUUAUGUACAUACAUUAUGUACAUACAUACAUUCAAACUUAUGUUCUACUUCCCACCCAGGAUUUUGUUCUCUGCCUUUUACUAGCUGGAAAAGUGUUCUGGGUGAGAAAUAAUAAACUCUAUGCUCUGUUUUGCUCUUUGAAAUUCAUUUGUAUCACUGAGUUAUUUACAGCUAGAAAUAGCUUGUAGUGGUUAAAUAUCCCCACCCCAUACAAAGUUAUUCCUUUUGCUAGUAAAUCCCCCACAUUUUCUAGUGUAAAGUUGAAUUAUUUUUAUUUAUAGUUGGGGGGGGGAGAGAAUACCAUUGUAUUAAUGAGAAAAUCAAAGGAGCCUUGUUUAAAGGUUUAAGUCUGUGUCCUUAGCAAACAAAACACUUGGGCUCUACAUUUGAGUGUAAAGCUUGCUUGCUUGAUUAAAACCCCGCGAGGCCCAUGGCAUAUACUGUGUGUUCCGUAGCUAUAUGGUGGCAUUUCCUCAAUGGUACCUGCCUGCCCCCACUCCAUGGGCUGGCUCCCAUUGGACAUUGGGGAUCUCUUUUUUUAAAAAAAGCACAUUUCUGCUUUUAUUACGUACAACUUUUAAUGUAUACUUAAAUAGGCCCUUUUCUUCAUUGGAACUUGCUUUCUGGGCCAUCGAGUCCAAUUUCCCAUGCAGCCUUUCACAGCCACUGUGUAAAGAAGGUGCAGGUAAACCCUUGGCUGCUCCAUUGUCUUACAUUUUUAAUGCAUGCUCUCACAUUUUAUUCUGAAGAACGGUGUCAGAAUCCUGCUCAAUCCCCCUUUCAAGUAAAAUGUUUUUUCAGUGAGUUUUUAUUCAUUAUACAGUGCAAAACUACAGGUGUCAUAGCAGUCUGUGCCGUAGCUUAUGAGGGCAGCUGUACUGAGCAACUUACCAGAGCACAGGGCAUACUAUUCUAGUUGAAGGGGCUUCCUCAAAUUUAGGGUGUAUCUGCUCCAUGGCCAAGUGGGAGGGGGGCCUGGAGGCACUUGCAUGGUCCUUGUGGACACUGUGGACAUUUUGCACCUGGCUUUCAACCACCUGCGAUCAAGGAAAGAUUCCAGGGUGCCAGGAUGGCAACUGACAUCUCCACCACCUGGCAGCAAGUGGCUGGGAAUCAUUGGAUCUGGACUGUUCUCUCACAUUAAUACUCCAUCCUGUAGAAUUCUAUCAGUUAUAUUUUAUCUGCACAUUCAGAAUGAAUUUCUGGAGCCAAAAUGCUUUUUCUGUGCAGUCUGAACAGGAGCAGUUGCCAUUAAGAAAAAAUAUCAGAAUAGGCCAACAUAUAUGUGGAAUGUGACUUUUCCUCUUUGAGUUCUCAAAGCUCUUAACUGAGCUCAGGUUGUCAUCUGAACUGGCCAGAUAGUUAACUGAGAAUCAAUCACAGUCAGCCCAUCAUUUGAAGAAUAAGACUUGAGAGCCAUAUUGCCCCCAAAUGGCAACUAGACAUUCUGUUUGGGGACUGUAACCUUGGUUUAAGGAGCCAUUAGGAGUUUCUAACCGUGCUGUGGGGGAUCUGCAUCAGUGUAACCCUAACCAUGCUGAAAAUCUCUCUGAAAGUUGUGGAAGGUCAUAGUGUGUGAGUUAAGGUGAAAGAGUUAAAAAAAAAAGCAUUUAUGGGUCUGUAAACCAUGAUAAUCACAGCUGUCUCCCAAACAGGCUCUUUCUCCCUUCUGGGGUCAGAAGUACAUCUUGCUUUGAGAGCUGCAUGUGACAUAACAAAGGAACAAACAAAGCCCCAAAUCGCAAAGUUAGCAAUGGAUAUGAACUUCAAAGCAAGACUCCAUGGUAAAACUGUGGAAUAACAAGUAAUUGAGAAGUUCAAUACGUGUCAUUUGGAUCUCAAUACAGAUAAUGGUUUCCUAUCCUUAUACUGGUAUUUAAACUUAUACAACUAUCUUGGCAAUUCCUUAAAUCAUUUAAAUUAUAAUUGAAUUAUUACUGGUGGUACUCUUUGAUGUCAUUGCCACUCAAUCCCCAGUGCAGCUCUCUUCAGCCUCAGGCAGCCUGGUAGUGCUCAGGGAUGUUGCAGUCCAGCAGCAUCUAGAAAGCCUCACAGCUACCUCUCUGGAUGUUGAUUACCGUAUUUUUUGCACCAUAACACUCACUUUUUUCCUCCUAAAAAGUAAGGAGAAAUGUCUGUGUGUGUUAUGGAGGGAAUGCCUACGGGUGGCAUGCCUACGGAUUUUCCUCCUCUAAAAACUACGUGCGUGUUAUGGUCGGGUGCAUGUUAUAGAGCGAAAAAUACGGUAUAUGUGUGCCAUUUGAGGUCUCCAUGUAAGUUUCUCGUCUCUAGCAUACACACUAAAAACAAGCAAACAUUGGCAUCUUUUUAAUAGAACUUUGGGCCUAAAUCCAUGAUGGUAAUUAAAUUCAAAGUGUUGCAGUUAUCAUGGAUAAGAUGGAAGUUACAUGUGGUUUCAACAUCUAUCCUGUGUUUGAGAGAAAGUUCUCACAAUAAGUUGUGUCUUCCACAUCAGAAGUCCCAACCUUCCCCUAUUAUUCACUCACAGGGAGAAAUGCAGUGUGUGAAUGGAUGGAUUGAGGAUAUGCUCUUGUGAACACAAUGCCUACUUGAGGUGACUGGCGCGACAGUAAGGAUUUCUCUUUGCAAGAAUCCUUUUAUUUUUAAAACUCUUAUGCUAGUGAAAAUACUGUGUGAAUAGUGAAAUGCAUUAUAUUUGACUCUAAUACUAUAUUGAUAAUGCCUGACUAAAUGGCAAGAUCAGUUUCUAUUACUCACAAACUUUGUUUUCUAAUGUUCAUUUCUUCUUCAUCUCAAGUAUAAAACACACAUAUUGUAUCCUAAGGGGGAUAAAAUGCAUAUUGAAGAGGAAAGCAGUGAGCAAUAAGAGUCAGAGUUACUCAUAAGCUUCAUUCUUUCACACCAAAAUUGGUAACUAUAAUUGCCACAAAUGGACAUUCUGAAAAUGCCAGCAUUAAUGAUUUAUUGCUCCAUGUUGUCCCUUUGCAGAAAAGAGCAUGUUCUGUAUUUGUUUGUGCUUUCUAGAAAAUGAAGUACAUUACUUUUCCGUAGCACUGUAUAAUAUUCACAUUAUUUGUUUAUUUAUAUCUAUAUAGAUAAUAUACAGAUAUACACACACACAAACACCCCUCUCUAUAUUUUAACUUUCAAAAACACCAAAUUUAAAAACACCAAAAGAAACUCAAUGCAGCUAACAAAUCAAAGCAUUACACAACUUUUAAAUAUAUCUUGCAGUUCCUGUUCCUUGGCACAGUCCUGAAACCAAACUAUUAACAUCAUGAACUAACCACAAUAAUAAUUUCUAAAAUAGCCAUCAAAUUAAAGCAGUGUUAACUGUAAACCAUCUAAAAGCUUACACACACACACACACAGAGAGAGAGAGAGAGAGAGAGAGAAACAAAAGGCACACAUCCCACCUCCCCUUCCCUCCACCCCCCAGUUGUACAGCUUUCAUACCAAUCUCGACAUACGACUAAAUACCUGGUGACUCCCCUUCCACCCUUUUCCUGGUUUCUCCUCCCCCCCAUCGCGUAUUCAAAAUUUUUAAUCUUCGAAUAUCUUCUUCUAUUAAAUUCUAUUAACUCCUAUUCUGCUGGAUUUACUCAAGACCUGCUAGGUGGUAUUUACUUGUUUAUACUGGUUCUUAAAAUAUUCAAUAAACAUCUUCCAAUCAUCCUUAUAUUCUUUAUCAUCUUUUUCUCUUACCCUGUUCGUUAUGCUUGCCAAUUCAGCAUAUUCAAACAUUUUAAACGGCCACUCUUCCUUGGUGGGAACUAUAUUUGUUCCCACCUUUGUACCAAUAAGAUUCUAGCAGCAGUGGUGGCAUAUAAUAAUAUUUUUUUGUUUUGAUUUUUAGGGACUUCUGUUGUUACCAUUCCCAAAAGGAAUGCCUCGGGCUUUGGGGGGAAUUUUUUUUUAAUAUCGUUUUUAAUGUAUUGUAAAUUACUUCCCAGAAUUCCCUGAUUACUUUACAGGACCACCACAUGUGGGAAAAGGAUCCCUCUACUUCAUUGCAUUUACCUUUUUCAACAUUUUCACUAGUUUGGCAGGUGUUAAAUAGUAUGUUCUUGCUGGCUGACUAAAACAAUAAGGUGAUGGGACCUGACAUAUCUCAGCUGGCAAAGUGUUCCACAGGCUGGGCAUCGGAAAAAGCCCUGCCACCGGUUAACAUCCGUCGUAUUUCAUGGGGUCAAGGGAUCUGGAGAUGAUGACCAGAACAUAUGGAAGAAGGCAAGUAUUUGCUGAACUGAACUGCCAUCCCAAGACUGCAGUGGCUUUGGAAAUCAAGUUAAGAUUCUAAUAUCUGGACCUUCCAUUUUCCAAUUGCUUGCAAAGAGCCCAUUCCCUAAUAUUUCAAAAUAUUUGACUCAUAUAAUAUGUAGACUGGCUUCUAUAAUAUGUAAACUGUUAAUGCCUAGGAAUGUUUGGGCUCAGCCAAUGUUACCCUGCCCUUUCUGAGCCAGAACAGCAAUCUGCAGCAUAUUUAUGGCAUCUUGCAAAGUCAGUGGGUUAUGGUUCUCUUUCUUAACCAUACAAAAAGAAAAGAAAAAUGGUUACAGCUUUCUCAAUUCUGUAAAUCAGUAAAAAACAAAGAAAGAAGCAAGUUUGAGGCUUUUGAAAACAGCAAGCAUAUUAAGUAUAUCAAUUUUCUAAAAAAUGGAAACAUCUUGCCAUCUUGAAAUUUGUGGUUUUUAAUACAGGAGACUCCUGACUCCUUGUAUAGAUUACAAAAUGCAGCUGUGCAGCAACAGAAAUGUCUCACAGGCACAGGUAGAUACCUAACCCAAAUGCUGUAUCCACGCUUGAGUAAUCCAGAGACCUUGUCCUCCAUUCUUGCUGCUUGGCUGUCCUGCACUGUUCAAAUUACCUUUGUUUCUUCCAAGUAAGAAAAACAAUUUUGCUAAAGUUGAGAUAUCGGUGCUAAAGUCUAUGAAGCUACUGUUUUGUGUCUCAGUGGCUUCUCUGGUCUAAUCACUCUUCUUUAUGGGCCGUGUUUUCCUAGCAAGCAGAUACCAUGCCUCUAGAAAUGCACAUACUGUGGAUCUAAAUGCAUUUUCUUCUCACCAGCAUCAGUAUCUUUGUGGCUUCCUAACAAGCUGACUAUUUAUCACAUAUAUGAAGGGAAAUGAUGCUUUGCAGAUCUGCUGCCAGCUGGCCAUGAAGUAUCCAGAUGCUUGUAAACCUCAGGAUUCAGUGAGAGUGGAAUUCUUAAUCUUGAGUCUUUGGAACUGGGUGUUCCAAACACCCAGACUCUGUUGCCCAGCCAGGAAUCAUUUCCUUGGGAUAAUCCAUGCCAGAAGAAGAAUGAAGGAGUAGCAUGGCCAGUGCCAAACAGUGGGGGAUAACAGCAGCAUUCUGGAACAAGGAAGAAAUCCUGAUCUGGACACAUUCCUAUACUUCUCACCCAUCCAUUGAGACUUCAGUCAUUUCUGGGCAAUUUGGAUACAUCUCUGGCUAAGAUUGACAAGAACUGCAUAGCCUUGUGCUGAUGCAAGCUGGUGGGCGGGUGCUUGGACAGCGCAAGAGCUCAGAAGACCCUAAGCACUCUCGGAAGACAGCAGGAAUGCCACACAUUCCAGAGGCCUUGGGAGACAAAGAGGAAUGCAAGGUAUUUCAGAGUGUUUUCUUUGUAUUGUUUGUAGUAACUGGAUUUUUGAGUUUGGGGAUUGUGGGGACAUUCAUUAAUUCUUCCUGUCCCCCUUUUAUUUAUGGGGUGAAUGCAACCUUUCUAAGAGCUCCAUUUUUCCUUUCUUAGUUUUCACUUUAUCUGUUUAAAAGCUGCCUCAGGCUGACGUGCAACAGUAAAUGGAAGCACAGUAAAUCAUCUGCAGGAUCCCGGUGUUCUGUUUGCAACUGUGGGCAUCCAGAGGCCCCUGAGGAGCCCACCCUAAGGUUGCAAAGGACACCCACCCACUGCUGUUUGCCGAAGCACUGAGGUUCCAUUUAGCUAUCACAGAUAAUAGUUGUAGCAUGUUAUAUGCUGAGUUCUAUAAGUUGGUUGUGUUGCAGGAAAUACUACUUUUCUUUUCUUUUCUUUCCUGCCCUGAACCUAUUGCCAAUCAAUGAUACAUCAUGGUAAGCCAUAGUAAAUAGUUACCUUGAAUGCACAGAUUUCUCCCACUUCACUACUCCUUGCUAGUGAGUGGGAGCAACAAACAGUGAUACAGGAUUUAGUUUGAUAUUCCAACUGGGGGUGUGAUUUUUUUUGCUCCAAACAAGCCACUUUGCAAAGUCAAGGUGUGUCGUUGAAUUACCAAUUGUGGUUUGUAUGAGCAAAACAAACCACAAUCCAUGGUGCAUCUGUAAUGUUAAAUCAAGGGUUGUGGUUUGUUGCUGCCCAUUGGCAGGGAGCAGCAAUUCGAACAUUCACAGUAAAUCAUUAAUUUUUGGGUGAACCUGUGUUUCUAGUAUUAUGAAAGGGAGAGAAAGUUCUCUGUAUUUUCUUCAAACUAGUCACUUUUUAAAAAUUGUCUACCAUGCAUGCUCCAAUUAAUUUUUUUUAUAAAAGAGCUCCAAAUGCUUUAGCCCUUUUUUGUGGUGCAAAUUAGAAAUGUAACCUGUAUCCCAAAUGUGAUUGCACCUUAGAUGUCUGUAAAAGCUUUAUGAUGCAUGUUUUGUUUUGUUUUCAUUUCCUUUUCAAUCCGUAUCCUAAUGACUCGUAACAUUAAGGCUGCAGCUGGGGACAAGGAUAUAGAGAAUCAUACACUUGCCUUCCAUAUGUGUAUCUGGUCCUUCACCCCUCCCAAGUGGCAGGCACCCUCCUUAUCCCUGAAACUGCUCUUUAAAUUCCCCCAAGUCCCAAAAAGGGUAUAUAUGUGUGAGGGAUGCACAUUUCAAAGGGAAAUGCACCCCCACCUCUCUUUUUUGAAUAUGAAAGAAGCUCUUGGAUCUUAAGGUGCAUGGGAGUAGCCAGGAUAUUUGUUGGGGGGGGCAGGCCUUUUAUUAGGGGGGCAGAACCUCAGUUUGUUAUGUAUUUUUAUUGAAUUUUAUUUAUUUAGGGGGCAGCUGCCCCCAUGCCCCGCCCCCCCUUGGCUAUGCCCAUGGCCCUGGGCCACCUCUGAAGAGGGAACUCCACGAAGGAGGGAGGAGAGCAUGUUCAGAAUGUGGGCAUGUACUCUCUAUGGAUCUGACCAGUGAGCCAGGGUUGGGAUUCAGAUUAGGGUCUCUGGAUUUGGGUGUGGAUUUGGGAUUUAGGUGGGCAUUGGCUUGUUCCCUAUGCUGUCAAACCUAUGUGGCUAUGCAGUGUCACUGGCUAUCAUUCCUAUCAAUUAAGAUGGGCUGGGAGUGGCUUCCCCAAUUUCAUUUGAGAGAGCUGGGAGUGGGAGCCAGGCCUUUUCAGAAGCUCCUACACUUCCAUAGAAUUUCUUCUCCAGUGAUAGCUGCAGAUGCCCAACCCUCUUUUAGUUCAGAAAGUUAUUAGCAUUCUGGGGGAAUAUUUUAAUUCUUAAUUUUACUGCUGGUUAAAUAUUAUAUGCUGAAGGAGACUCUUGAGAGUCCCAUGGACUGCAAGAAGAUCAAACCGAUUCAUUCUUAAGGAAAUCAGCCCUGAGUGCUCACUGGAAGGACAGAUCCUGAAGCUGAGGCUCCAGUACUUUGGCCACCUCAUGAGAAGAGAAGACUCCCUGGAAAAGACCCUGAUGUUGGGAAAGAUGGAGGGCACAAGGAGAAGGGGGUGACAGAGGACGAGAUGGUGGGACAGUGUUCUCGAAGCGACCAACAUGAGUUUGACCAAACUGUGGGAGGCACUGGAAGACAGGAGUGCCUGGCGUGCUCUGGUCCAUGGGGUCACGAAGAGUCGGACACGACUAAACGACUAAACAACAACAACAAAUAUUAUAAACAUCCAAACACAAUUUUUAAAAUGUAGUUGGCACUCUUUCUCAGGUAGUUGAAGACCAUCAGCAAAGACUUGAGCCAAAGCAAGGCCACUGAGAAACAGUAUUCACAAGGCAAUACCUUUUUUAAAACACAAAAGGGAUCAGCCUUCCUCCCUACCUCCCCCCCCCUUAAAAAAGAGAGCCCAAUGAGGACUUAGUCGCCUCCAGGAGCCAUAAAAUAUGGAGUGUCAGUUUGAAAAGCGAAAUGGACUAAGAGAGGGAAAGGGACUGAGCUGGCCGGCUGGAGCCCCAUCGAGGGCAAGGCUGGUUGCUGGUAGCCUGAGAAGAGCAGCUCCCCCCUUAAAGGGAGAGGAAGCAGGGCAGCAUUUUGUUUCAGGUCUCAUGUGGGGGAUCUAGCUAUCAGUGUUUGAUUGUAACUUCUAUAUUUACCUCUUGGACUUUUUGGUAAGUAAAGCGGCCUAUUUGGCAGCAUAAUAAGUUUAAAGCACUACUUUAUGCGCAGUGCACUUUUUAAAUGGCCAAGGUAUGGAAGCAAGGAGUAUCAGCUGUCAAGAGGAUUUGGUUUUAACCCCCUUUUCAGGCCUUAUCUCUGUGCCCUUAGAGUACACUACUGUAAUAAAAUGAAUGUUGCGUAGUAUACUCCUACCACGUGGACGCAUCACAGCAUUUGCCAGACCAGCCAUUUGUUUGCAGGGAUUCUGUGUCUGGACUUCACUUUAAUUUACAGGCCUCCCUCCAGCUGAUCUACUGAAACUGUUGCCAAGUAGGCAGAUUCAAGGCCAGCCAGCCAACUGCAGGAUAGUAAAGUACAUACAAGACAAACAACUGACCUUCUUCGGCAGUAAUUUACCUCAGGCCACUGGCAUAAUCUCUGUAAGUUUUAGGAACAGCAGUGUUCCAUCGCUGCAAGUUUGUGAGUACAGUAUGGCUAAUUCUUGCUCUGCCCCUAGAGAACAUUAUACUCUAGGGUCUGGAUGUGCUUGGUUUCCAUCCAUAGAAAUAGAGCUCUGUAGCUCUGUUUUUUAUUUUCUUCCAGAGUAGGGCUAAGACAACAUGGAGCUUUCCAGGUGUCGCUGAGCUCCAGUACCCUGCAUCUCUGACUAUCGGCCAUGUUGCUUGCGUCUGGAAAGAGCUGGAGUCCAAGACCAUCUGGAGAGCCACACAUUUCCCCAUCUGUGCUCUAUCUUGAGCUCUUGGUCAACAGUGUUUCCUGGCAAAAUUCAGGACCGUUGUUAACUUGCUCCCUGUCUUCUGCUCCCCAUUUCUGUUUCCACAUAGGACCCAUUUUCCCUCUGCAGAAGCUGAACUCUCAGAGCAACUGACACCUUGCUUACCAAGCUGAUAUGUGCAAGAAGGUGAAUGCAAGUUGUUUUAUUUUAUUGGAUUUUCUGCUACUCUGUGGGCACUAUUAAUAAUCCUGUUAACUGCCUCCAUUUCUCAUCCUAGAAACCACUGUUAUACCAGAAACGGUUUGGAAGGGAAGCUGAAUACCUGGGCACUUGUCACAAUGAGAAGCAAAGGUUGGCUGUGAUGGCCAAAUACCCGAGCAAGUUCAGUAGAAUGAAAUGGAAAACUCUGCUCUUAAAUCUUCAGAGAACAUGGCAGGAACAGUUUGGCAGACUUCUACAUUCAUGAAGGCAUCUAGAUAAGCUUUCUUGUAUAAGCUAGAGGAAAGCAAUGUGUUGCCAGAAUCUAUCCAACAUUGUAUCUAAAAGAGGUGUCAGCAGCAGGAGUUUCACAGGACUCUAAUGAAAACAGAUGCACUUUUACCUCCUGACACUGGUGUGGAUGUGGGAUUCACCACCUCCCUAGAAAUCCACGCAGGUACAGAAUGGUCACUGGGCUGCUGCAUCCUGUCUGUUUGUGCUUUCUCAUGGCUUUCCUUUCUUCUCAAGGAGCAAAGAGUGAACUUCCCAGGAAGUAAAUAUGGUAGCACCUGCUUUUUGCACCUGACCCAUGUAAUCGUAUUUUUCUAAAUAAAUUUUUUUUGGGUACUGGUCAUCUCUGUGAAUCUGUUACAGAUACUGCUCUACUACAUCAUAUCUCAAAACUCAUAUUGCUAAUACAUUUGUUUUUUGAAAUUAUCCUUCUGCCACUUCACAUGAAAACCACCAUUGUUAAAUAUAUAAAUGGUCACUAACACCAGGCACCCACCCACCCUGGUUUCUGACCUCAGCAAUGUUAUUCUCUCCACCUACCAUUUCCAUAGAAUGAAGAUGUCCUUAUUAAUAAUGGCUUAUUUCAUAUUUGCAGAAAUAUUUCUGUUUACUACAUUUCCACAUGGCACUACUAGAGUAUCUAGGCAUAUUUUCUUGGACCUUCAAAGUCUGUCGUAAUAGUUGUUUUCACAGAUUUGCAGAGGGCAACAGACAUAUGAGACUGCCAGUUACUAAUACCGUGGUACCUUGGUUUUCGACCGUCUUGGAAGUCUAAUGUUUUGGUUUUCGAAUGCCCAAAACCCGGAAGUAACUGCUUUGGUUUUUGAACGCUUUUCAGAAGUCAAGCGUGCCAUGUGGCUUCCGUAUUGAGUUUCCUGGAAGUAAAUGCUUCGGUUUUCGAACGUUUUGGAAGUCAAACAGUCUUCCGGAACAGAUUACGUUCGAAAACCAAGGCACCACUGUACUUGGUAUUUAACCAGUACCAGUCCCUCAAUAAUAACCCCAUGUAGCAGAAUGAAUGCAGUUCUUUCCAUGGGAUUUGUAUAAAUCCAUUCUUUUUGUAUAUAUAUCCUUUGUACUGUGAGCUGAGGUUGGGCUUUUCCAUUAUAGUUUCCCUGCCCUCAGUAAUCUGUUGCUCUGAUGGGACUCUGAAGUCUUUAGGUGGUGAGAAAAAGGGUUAUGUUGUGAAGAAGAGGGAGGAGAAAUCCAAAGAGCAGGGAAAGGAAGGCAAUGUGUUUCCUUUGGCAUUGGGGAAUAGUGGUCCUCGGAGUCAUGACAUUUUAAUGCCGUGUGCACUUAGCCCACCAUGAGUCCAGUGAACUUGCAGGUGCCUGGAAUGCCCAGCUGUUUUGAGAAAAAUCAGUGCCUAGCAGUGUCCAUCCACUAACUCAGUCUGUUCUGUAGGGAAGGGAUGGGGAAAGCUGUGGCCCUCCAGAUGUUUGACUCCAAGCAUGGCCAGCCUGCCCAGUGGUCAGGGAUGAAGAGAGUUAUUGUCCAAUAACAUUCCUGUGUGGGAAAUACAACCACUUCCCGCUGUACAGUGGUACCUCGGGUUACAUACGCUUCAGGUUACAUACGCUUCAGGUUACAGACUCCGCUAACCCAGAAAUAGUACCUCGGGUUAAGAACUUUGCUUCAGGAUGAGAAGAGAAAUCGUGCUCCGGCGGCGCAGCAGCAGCAGGAGGCCCAAUUAACUAAAGUGGUGCUUCAGGUUAAGAACAGUUUCAGGUUAAGAACAGACCUCCGGAAUGAAUUAAGUACUUAACUUGAGGUACCACUGUACUCUGCUUAUCUUUUUUAACUACCAUCCAACAGUUGCUAGCAGGUCAAUGAGGACUUAAGAAGAGAAGGGUAGUUUGUUUGCUUUGUGCUUCAGAGAAUCCUGCUCGUCAUAAAGAAGAGUACAGAAAAUCCCCACAGCUCACAUCCAUUUUCCGUUAGCUGCUGUCUAUGAAAGCAGCUGUGAAGACCCAUUUUGUAAGCACCACAACAGAGUCGGAACUUGGAUCAUAGUAUUUUCCUGGCGGUGGAGUUUGGUUAAUUCGUGUGGGUUAUGCAGAGUCUUUCUAUUGCCCGUGUGCAUUCUGACAGAGCGAAUGCCCUGAGCCCUUGAUGAUUUCCAGCCCAUUGCUCACCUUGGUUCUCUCCACUGCCCCCCACCCAAGGUAUGUGUUAUUUCACCUAUCUGCAUAAGCAGGAGUCAGGGUAAAUCUGACACAGACGUCUUUCAUUACGAGAAAAGUCUGCCAUUCUUUCUUUAAAAUAAUAUUGUGCUUCAUUCUUGGAUUCAGUUCGUCAGGGACAUAAUAUUACUCUUCCCUCAAGCACAGCAUAAUGCGGGCUUACUUCUUCUAGCAGAGGGCUUGUCGCACACCCCAUUCUGUCUAGCAAAAUUUAGUCUUGGAGUUGUCCAUAGAAAGUCGAGUGCCCAGAAUUCAAAGGACAUCUGCCUAAGGGCAUUGUGUGCCCAGUCCUUGUUAUUUUCCUUUGAAAGUGACCAGAAACCAUGUGCUGCCUUCUGUUCAUUCAGUAGAACUCCCUCCCAGAUGAGAUAAGACAGGGACCUUCCUUCUGGACUUUGGGCAUAUGACUAAGGUAGUGUUUGGUUUUAUGAUAUUUUCUGUUGUUUUAUUGUUCCAUUUUCUGUGGAAUGUUUUUAUGUAUACUGUUAAGAAAUGUGGUAUAUAAAUGUCUUAAAUAAAUUGAAAUUAAAAUAAAUGGUAUUUGGGAGGCAUUUUGAUUAUUGACUCUCAGGGAAGAAGAGCUUAAAAUACACUGAUGGCUAUUUCCCCCCCAUGCAGCAGUUAGUGAAAAGUGGCUGCAAUCCUGCCCCUACUGAGCUGGAAGUUAUCCAGACUUGACUCAGUGGACUUACUUCUGAGUAGGCACAUAUAGAGAGGAUUGUGCUGUCAUUUUGUAGGCGGGUGGAGUGCUUUGUAAGUGCUGUUAAGAUCACCUAAAUGGUCCUAGUGGUGACAAAUGAAAUGCUCAGAAUCUGGUUUCUGAAUAUGUUGUGCUGAAACAGGGUACUGGAUCUCCAUUGGAGCUUGUCUGAGUGGCCUGCCCAGUGAAUGCUCUCUCAGUAAUACAAAUGGCGUUCCAGAUCCGUGCAAGCUGUCACUAUUUUUUGCUUCAUCUGUUUGACUCCCAGGUUGGGCUCAAGUGUGGAUACGGCUCCACAAUAUGCCUCUCAAUACUUUGCCUUGGUUAGGUCAGCAGAAGAGAGGACUUGGAUAGCAGAAUUGUUCUGAGGUAUCCCCAGGCGACCACAUUAUGAUGCUGUUUGAGAACACUUAAAAAAAAACCAUGCUUCUGCCUAUAAUAGUUGUCUGGCCACAUAAUGAGAUGCCUUAGUUUUCUCCUUGAUUUGUUAGCUGCUUCUGAAGCUACCAGUUCAUCUUUUAUAAUCUUCUUCUUCGGCGAUCACUCGUAGCUGAGUAAGAUUAAGAUUGUCUUCCAUAAACACUGUUUUAACAGUGAAUCCGUAAGUGACUGUGGAGGCCAAUUCUGGACCCACAUGUCCUUCCACAGUGGGGACAUUGGUUUCCGGGCGGGAGUUGAUCACGGUGUGGAUUUGCCAAGCGUGCCUUCCUCUUAGCAUGUUUCUCCCUUGCGUCCUGAGUUCGAGUGUCUUCAAAGUCCAUGACACCUUUGGUAAAGGCUGUUCUCCAACUGCAGCACUCGCAGGCCAGUGUUUCCCAGUGUUCCCAUCUUUUAUAAUACUACCAUUAUGAAAUAAUGGGAGGAAUUCAACAUCACAUGCAGGUGAUCGUUCUGUCUAGGCAAGCCUUUUAACUUUCCAAAUGGAGCUAUCCCUCCUCUUUCCCUGCACACUGUUCUGGGGGUGCUCUGCCCCCCAAUCCAAUUGGGGGGUGGAAUGCAGGGAAAGGAGGGGGGAAGCCCCAUUGCACAAGUAAGUGGGGGCCCUUGCACAGGGCUUCUGCUGAUGGGACUCGUGUUGAAUCCCGCCCAAUGAUUAGACAAUCAUUCUCCUAUUUCUAAGCCCUCAGAGAUGCCUCAUGGGGAAUGAAGUUUAGAUCCUCCCAUAUCUAUUAAUGUUGUGUUUUUUUGUCUUUUACCAGGUCUCCUAGCCUGCCAGUACAUAUUUGCAUGGACACGCCUAACUAUAUUUCUCUUUAGCAUGGAUCAAUAUUAGUGAGUUUGCACCAGUGAGUCAGCACCAUUGCUGCACCUGUGAUAUUUAUUUCUAAAUUAAUAAAAGCUGAAGGGUGAUAGCAUGCCCAUUGAGCAGCAAAAGCUGCUUUGUGGCCACUCCAGAAACACAGGGGGUGGUGGGAAGGGUUAAUGAAGCAUUCCCAGGCAGGCGCUCCCACAUUCUUAACUACUGUUGUGGAGAUAGAUGGCAGAGACUAAAGAGGAAAAGUGGCCUAAAGUGAACAAUGAGGUGAAGUCUGAAAGAUCCAGCUUUGCUUGGGGGAAAUAUUACUUUCAAAGUGUUAUUUCCAAUGUGUAAUGUAAUGCAAUCUAGAGCCAGAUUAGAGAAAAAUUGGGAAACUAACAGACAGAGAAAAACAGGAAAGUUGAGAUGCAGCGGUUGGGUAAGGAAAACAAAAAUAGGGUGAUGAUUCAAGUUUUAGGCCUUCUAGCUGUAACAGGUGGGGGCUCCAUCACAAAAGGGGGCAAAAGCACACAGAAUCCUUCUCCAAUGUUAUUUUGCUCACACUUUGUAGAAAUGAAUCUGUCUCCAGGCAGUGGUGAGGGGCCCGCAAUGCAGCCCUUGCACCAAAGUAUGACUUUGUUUUGAAUUCUCUGAACCCUACUAAAUUGGUUCAGAAAUAGAAGGGCACUGGCUGGCACCUCUCUCCACAGAGGGUUCCUGUCUAGUCCCGAAAGAAAACAAUAAAUGUGGCUUGGAAACCGGGAAAUGAGGGGAGAGAGAAGGUAAGGGGAGUCUAGCUAAAGCCUAGGUCACGGAAGGAAGGAGCCUGCUCCUGGGGCUCAUCCUGGGGCCCAGUGCAUCUUGGAAAGAGUCUGUGUAGCCCUUGCAAAGCAGCAGAAAGACUGAGAUGUGGAGACGCUUGGAACACUUGUGUGCAAGGACUGGACCAGAGCGGUGUGUAGCAACUUCAAGAAGGUGGGGUGCCUUGUGCACCCAUUUAUGUGGAGAAAACCAUACCUUACUGCCUCACCCUGAUUGUAUGUUUGGGUAGGGGGGCUUUUUUCACAAAGGCUCCAGGCUUGUACCUAAGUGAUAUUUCACAUCAAUAGAUACCAGUGGCGUGUUCCUGGGACAUCCUGAGUUCAUUAACUGCCAUGCCACAGGGUGAAAGCCCAGCCAUAAAGGUGUGUUUUCUUAAUCCAUUUUUAGCAAGAUACCAUGGUCUUUACUGAAAAGGCAUGAAGGUUUCCUGUAAUGUAAAAAUGAAUACUCCAGACCUAAUUAACCCUUGCUGAAAGGGGAUGGACAUGGACUUCUCAGAACACACUUAAUUUAAUUUGGAUGAGAGUAUUUACUCUCAGUGGGAGAUACCCACAAUUCAGCCAGUUGUUUGUUGCAUUAGAUGUGGCACUGGAUUGAAUUGGGGGAAUGUGCAGCUUCCUGCUUGUGACCAUCAUGUGCUGGGAUUCUUGCUGACUCACCCAAGAGGGGUGUUCUGUGUCCACCACAAUGAUGCUCCUCACUCAGGGCAAAGCUGAUGACGCAGGGAGUCUGGGGUGCGGGGGGGGGGGGAUCCACAAUUCCCGCUGAACCAAGCUUCUCAGUAACAGUGCCUCUCAUUUUGCUUCUUCGGUUUAUCACCUCUCUGAGCACGUGGGCUCAAAGCUGCUAUUGUCAUCCUUCAGCUUUAAAACCAUUUUCACUCAUAAAUACAAUAUAUUUAGGGGGUUUCAUGUUGGAGUUCAAUGAAACAUCCACCAAUCCCCAUUGCAUUUCUCCUGGGACUCGAUAGGACUUUCAGAGUUGGAUAACAACCUGCCCUUUGCUGUUAUUGUUAAGAAUCUGUUUGCUACUUCAUUUAUACCUAGUGAUGCUUUUUCUCUCACACAGUCUGCUUAUAUUGGCAUGACUGGCAAGUCUGGGAUUUCAGUUAGGCUACAGCAUGAUGUCUGAGGCAGCUCCUGGAUUCCUAAUAGUCACAGUUUGCAUUUUGUGGUUUGGUUUUGCUUUGCUUUUGGAAAACAAGUUUCCAGCCCAUGGGGUUCUAGAGUUGUAUUUGAGAAUAUGUCGUCAUCUGAAUUCAGUGAUCCUUUGUGGAUACAGGGACACCGUGAUGCACACACCCAGCUUGACAGGGAAGAAGGUGUGGCUCUGUGCACAAACCCCUUUACAUGUGCAGAUCUCCUCAUGCUGUUGAAUUUAAUUGGAAAGUCCACAUGUGCUGAAGCUCCGAGUGUACAUUGCUGUGCCAAUGCAGCUCUGAAACGGCAAAGGUAACUGUAAACAACUCUUUUGCCCUCUGCAAGUUUUCUCUGCCCUUAAAAAUCAACAACUUCUUGCCUAACUUCUACAUGUGUUCAUUUGUUCAGAAAAAUAAGCAAAUGUGCAUACGUACGUAGUCUGAUUUGCAUAACUUAUACUGAGAGCAGAAUAUGAAGUUUCCUGAUACAAAUCAGUAUCUUGCUUUGCCACAGAAUCUGGACAGUUCAGGCCUAAGUAGGAGCCCUCUCUUUGUACAGGUUCAGCUUGCUGCUCACUGAGAGGCUAAAAUGUUAUUUUGAGAUCUUGUUAAAUGUUGGGAUUGGAAGCAGCGAGUGGAUAUGGAUAUCUAGCAGGUUAUAUCAUCACAGAUUCAUAAUGUUAAUGUUAGUGUCUCUGAGAACAGUCUGUAGGAGUAAAAGCUAUUCCUAAUGGUUGAUUGUUUCCCGUAAAUGGUUUGGGUAGCAUUUGUCAUUAGUUAUGUGCUUUGACACCCUCAAUCACAUCUGUCCUUGUUGAUGUGUCAAAGGUGAUUGGUGGGGAGGGGGGGCAGUUCAAUUUACCUAAUCAAAUCCUCCAGGGCAAUAGAUAGAGCAGAUUUAUUUUUCUCUAUUUAGUUGGGAUAUGGAAUCCUUUUUAGUCUCAUUCCUCACAGCUACGGUUGACUUUAUUAAGAUGCCAAGUGAGGAACAAUCAACCAGCUCAUAAAUACAGAAAUAAUUAAUCACAUCUACAUCUUACAAGCAGCUGGUGCACAUGAAAGAGAUGCUGGGAAGAAAAUCAGCACAGGUUUGUAGAGAUGAUUCAUAGAAAACUAAGCUCUCCUUGUUCGCAGUCUUUGGCUGGCACUGCAUGGCAUCCAUCCAAGUGGAAUGUUCGGAAGACCUUACAGUAAAUGAUAUUCUGACCAACAUUCCAUUCCACUUCUGUGUUUAACAACAAAACCCAUUCAUUUUUGGCAGUGAUUGAGGAAAAUAUCUCCCUAUUUGGGUGAGUGCUCCAAACAAAACAAGUCAAUAGAUAGAGCAUGGAAGGAUUUAGAAGUUUGACUUUCUUGGUAGCUGCCACAUAUGUGAGGGUCAACUAACUAUCUCAGUGUCCCAAGCACAGUUUUGAGGGCCAUCUUUCUGGGAUACAUCUAUAAUCCCCCCUUUCGCACAUUUAACUUAGAAAUCCUGUGCAUAUUUGCUCCAAAGGAAGUCUCAGUGGGGAGGUGUGCAGAGCAUUGCAGUCUGAGAACUACAAUAGAUGUUUCCUUCCAUCAGCCACAUAUCAGUGCCCAGCUAUGCACACUUAAGUUCCAUAGAAAUCACAGGGGCAGACAUUGUCCAUAACUCUGCGCUGAAUAAUUGCUGUAUUGUUUUAAAGGGAUGGCUUUAUUGUGUAUUUUAAUGAAGACUUUUUAUUAUUUUAAUGUAAGUGUAGCUGGUUUUUAUACUUUGUGAACCACUUGGGCACCUAUUUUGGCAUUAAGUGGUAUAUACUUUAAUUAAAUAAUAGGCCUGUCUAUUUGAGUCAUGUUUCAUGUACUGCACUGGAGUACAGUGUUGGAGCAUUCUAUCAGCUAUAUUAUUUGGCUAGUUUCACAUCUUUGAAUCUGAGAAGUGCGUCUCACAAUAUUCUUAAUACGUACAGAAUUUUGAAAUGUUGAAGAUGCUCCUGUAUGGGAUGUAAGAAAUUGUGUCAUGGUGAUAACAAUGCUACUGAAAUCUAUGACUGUUAGUUUAUUUCAUGGGUGUUCUGACAUUAUGGUUAUUAUUUUGUCCACACCAGGUGAGCUGUUUUUUUAGGUCUCCUGUUCUCAAGCUUUUAGCUUAAUAUUUUUUCCAGGGCUGGAUAUAUAGACCCAAAGGUUCCUGGGACAGGAAAAACUUUGCAUCCAAUCCUGGAUUGUCCUCCUAUAUAUAAUUAAUUGUUACUAUUUUUUAUACAGUAUACCACUUACAUGCCAGAACGACUUCUAAGUGCUUUACAACUAUAAAAUCAAUAAUAAGAUCCACACAUAAUUAAAACACACUUUAAGGAUUCCAGCAAGGCAUUAAAACAUCCUUAAUUAAAAUGUACAACAACCCAGGCAAGUGAAAAAGUAUGACAAUUGAAACAGUGAAAGCACAGUUGAAACAAUGAGAUCAGAAGUUUAGUUCUUGGGAAUGAUUGCUGGAGCAGGUCUGUUUUCAGGAGCCACCAGAAUGGUCACCCUAAUGAUUGAGGGCACCCCACAAUAUGGGGGCCACCAGUGGAAAAGCCCAUCUUGGCAUUACCACAAGCUGAGAAGCCUCAGUGUGAGCCAGUGUGGUGUAGUGGUUAAGAGCGGUAGUCUUGUAAUCUGGGGAACCAGGUUCGCGUCUCCGCUCCUCCACAUGCAGCUGCUGGGUGACCUUGGGCCAGUCACACUUCUUUGAGGUCUCUCAGCCCCACUCACCUCACAGAGUGUUUGUUGUGAGGGACUCCUUCGGGUAGUGAUAAAGCGGGAUAUCAAAUCCAAACUCUUCUUCCUCUUCUUCAGGCGGCGGCAAAACUAACUGGCUUCCAUUAGCUGAAUGCAGUGCUCUCACUGGGCAGUGGAGGGGAAGAGGGAUUUUCAUGUAACUGGGCCAGAGUUAUUUAGGGCUUUGCAUGUCAGCAGCAGAACCUUAAAACUGCCCCAGUUGCGUGGCAUGUGCCUGAUAAGAAGUGUCACUCGUCACUUGGGCUGCAAGAGAAGCCCCACCUAGUGUCCACUGCCGUAAUCCAGAGGUGAGGUUCCCAACACGUGUCACAGCGGCCAGAAAAGGGUGCAGCUCAUGCACAAGACAAAGGGCUGACCGGCGCUCUUCACCACAGAAGCUGCCUGGGCCUCCAUGGGCAAAUAUGGUUCCAAGAGCUCCCCAAAGCAGGAUACCUGUCCUUUCAGGGGGAGUGCAACAUCUCCCAGAAAAGGCAGACUCCUCAGUUCUCAGGCUUCUGAACCACUUACGCAAAGGGUCUCUGUCUAAGCAGAAUUCAGCUCCAGUCUGCUGACCUUCAUCCUCUCCGUCGCUGCAUCCAGCCACUGGUUCAGCUUAUGCCUGUUGGAUUUAAUAGAAAAACUGUGUGUCAUCAGCAUACCAAUGUCACUGUGCCCCAAACCUCCUGAAGGGAUCUCCCAGAGGCUUCAUUGGCUAAAGUGUGGGGGAUGGAGUUAUGCUUUGCAGCACCCUGCUCCCCAGCUGCCCAAAUGCAGACAUGUAGUUCCCCAGGGCUGUUCUCUGGAACCAGCCAUGCAGGUAGGAGCAAAACCACAGUGGCUCCAACUCCCAAGCAAUGGCGGUGGCAAUGGCACCCAAAGUCCCCGAGAGAUGCAACAGUCGGAUUGCCCUCUCCUUGAAGGAGGAGCAGGGCAUGAACCCUGAGGGGAAUGAGUCCAGAGAAUCUGCUUCCUCCAAAGUGCCUGAAGCGGAGCUGCCACUGCACUCCUGAGCCCAAAGGAGAUCAUAGAAUCAUAGAAUCAUAGAGUUGGAAGAGACCAGAAGGGCCAUCGAGUCCAACCCCCUGCCAAGCAGGAAACACCAUCAGAGCACUCCUGACAUAUGGUUGUCAAGCCUCUGCUUAAAGACCUCCAAAGAAGGAGACUCCACCACACUCCUUGGCAGCAAAUUCCACUGUCAAACAGCUCUUACUGUCAGGAAGUUCUUCCUAAUGUUUAGGUGGAAUCUUCUUUCUUGUAGUUUGGAUCCAUUGCUCCGUGUCCGCUUCUCUGGAGCAGCAGAAAACAACCUUUCUCCCUCCUCUAUGUGACAUCCUUUUAUAUAUUUGAACAUGGCUAUCAUAUCACCCCUUAACCUCCUCUUCUCCAGGCUAAACAUGCCCAGCUCCCUUAGCCGUUCCUCAUAAGGCAUCGUUUCCAGGCCUUUGACCAUUUUGGUUGCCCUCCUCUGGACACGUUCCAGUUUGUCAGUGUCCUUCUUGAACUGUGGUGCCCAGAACUGGACACAGUACUCCAGGUGAGGUCUGACCAGAGCAGAAUACAGUGGCACUAUUACUUCCCUUGAUCUAGAUGCUAUACUCCUAUUGAUGCAGCCCAGAAUUGCAUUGGCUUUUUUAGCUGCCGCGUCACACUGUUGGCUCAUGUCAAGUUUGUGGUCAACCAAGACUCCUAGAUCCUUUUCACAUGUACUGCUCUCAAGCCAGGUGCCCCCCAUCUUGUAUUUGUGCCUCUCAUUUUUUUUGCCCAAGUGCAAUACUUUACAUUUCUCUCUGUUAAAAUUCAUCUUGUUUGUUUUGGCCCAGUUCUCUAAUCUGUCAAGGUCGUUUUGAAGUGUGAUCCUGUCCUUUGGGGUGUUAGCCACCCCUCCCAAUUUGGUGUCAUCUGCAAAUUUGAUCAGGAUGCCCUUGAGUCCAUCAUCCAAGUCGUUGAUAAAGAUGUUGAAUAAGACCGGGCCCAAGACAGAACCCUGUGGCACCCCACUAGUCACUCUUCUCCAGGAUGAAGAGGAACCAUUGAUGAGCACCCUUUGGGUUCCGUCAGUCAGCCAGUUACAAAUCCACUGAGUGGUAGCAUAGUCAAGACCACAUUUUACCAGCUUCUUUACAAGAAUAUCAUGAGGCACCUUGUCAAAUGCCUUGCUGAAAUCAAGGUAGGCUACAUCCACUGCGUUCCCUUCAUCCACCAGGCUUGUAAUUCUGUCAAAAACGAGAUCAGGUUAGUCUGACAUGACUUAUUUUUCAGAAAUCCAUGCUGACUAUUGGUGAUCACAGCAUUCCUUUCUAGGUGCUCACAGACUGUUUGCUUAAUGAUCUGCUCCAGAAUCUUCCCUGGUAUUGAUGUCAGACUGACUGGGCGGUAAUUAUUUGGGUCCUCUCUAUGUCAGAGACUGGGCAGAAGCUGUCAGACACCUCGGGGUCCAGCAAGGGCUUUUGCAGGAGCAAGCAUAGAGGACAAGCCCACCUCGUGGCAAUCCAUAAUGUGGAUGGAUUGCUCUUCUUGGAGGAGUUAUCAUGGACUCAGUUUGUUCAUGUUUUCUUUGAAGACCUAACAGUGUCUGCAUUUGGUGUGUCUGACCAAAGUUGACUCAUACUUGCCUUUAUUUUUAAUAAUUUGCAGGGCGUGGGAGCGAGGGAAGGAAGCAAAUGCCUCCAGACCCAACCAAAACACAAACUGAAAAACAUUAAUAAGGAAGGAUAAGUUGUUUGCUUAUUAUUUUUAAAAUUGCAAGGUGUUUCUUUGUUUCUCAUACGUGGUUUCCAAAUUGAAAUUGCUGUGAAGGAUGACAAAGAGUUGGAGUACCAUUUUUAGGCAUGGCUUGCUGGCUUCCUGUCUCUUAAAGUAAUUAGGUCACAGUAAGAUCCUUGGUCAUCAUGCCCUACUGACAUAGAACUGCCAAGAAUUUGCAGGUUAAGACAGCAAUCCUAAGCUCCUGGGGAAGGCCGGCUGCCCUGGAAUUUCCUUCCUGUCACCAGAGGCAGAAGUCUGCUCCACUGCCAUCAGCGCUCUGGCAGCAUGGGAGGUGAAAAGGGGCAUGUUGAGGGUGCGUUGAGGAAGCUCUGGAGCUAGUCAUAAAGCCCUUCUGUUCUCCCUACCACUACCACCCCAUGGUCAUAAAACUACACCAACCCUGAGCCUGACAGAGCUUAGGAUGUGAUGGCUCCUCCACUGUGGGAUCUCCCACCGACCUGUAUAGGAUAGCGUUGCCCAAUUGUAGUACGAGAUAAUCACUUUGGGUAUCUCUUAGUACUGUGUUGGAAAUGAAAUGCUAUGGAUCUGAGUGUGGAUAAGAGAAGCUGUGGCCCGGUGGUAGAGGUCAUAUUUUUAAUAUCUGAUACAAGUAGCUGCUCAGCAGCUUAAGAUAGUGAGAGAGUGGGAUACAUCUCUUGGCGUGACAAUUUGGAAUUCAGUGCAGAAUAGGGCUGUGUGGCCUCUUGGCCAGGCAAAGCAGCUGUUCCAUGUCUCUCAGUCGUAUUUUAACUGGAGGUGCCAUUGUUGGGGUUUAUUGCAGUUCAGGCUUUUGAUUCCUGCUACACUUUUUGCAGUGAUAGUGCAAUAAUUUGUGAGGUACCGAACUUAUUUUGUUCACAGCACCUACUUACCUUAAUGGAGCAUCCUCAAAGUAUUGCUUGUGCUGAAAUACUCAAAUAUAUCGGAUGACCUUCUAAGCCAGGUGUGGGGGAACCUUUGACCCUGCAGGUGUUACUGAACUACAGCUCCCAGCAUCCUUGGCCGUUGGCCAUGCUUGCUGGGGCUAAUGGGAGUUGUAGCUGAGCAACAUCUUGGGCAAGAGCCAAAGGUUCCCUGCACUUCUUCUAAGGAAUCAAAUGCUAGGAUUUAAACAACCAGCCUUAGUUAUCAUAAUUUGCUUCCUUUAACUGCUUUGUUUCUUCUUUCCCUUCCCGCAGGUGAGCGACCGUUCCCUUGCACAUGGCCCGAUUGCCUUAAAAAGUUCUCCCGCUCUGAUGAGUUGACGCGACACUACCGAACCCACACUGGGGAGAAGCAGUUCCGGUGCCCCCUCUGUGAGAAGCGGUUCAUGAGGAGCGACCACCUGACAAAGCAUGCGCGUCGCCACACUGAGUUCCACCCCAGCAUGAUCAAGCGAUCUAAAAAGGCCAGCUCUGCCUCCUUUUGAAUAACAGACUACAAUGGGGGUGGGGGGUGGGGAGACAACCAUUGUCGAGAAAGGCAUAACUGAUCAGCACAAAUACGUCCGCCAGUGUACAGAAAUAUUCCCCUACUUGCAUUUUUAAAGCACAUGUAGCCAGAAGAUUAACAUUUUCAUCCUCUCCACCCUGCUAUGCUACCAACAACAGUCUUAAAUCAGUCACUGCUGGGUGAGCGUUGGGGGGGGGGGGGGGUCAGCAGAAAUAAUGCAACUUUUCUUUUUGUAGUUUAAAUAAUUGACACUGGUGUAUAUAUGUCUGACUGGUGGUUUGACCUGUGACACCACAGUAGUGAUUCCAAGCUCUUUGUGAUUGCUGUGUCAUGGGCAUGUUUUGUUGACUAAUGUAAUGCUGCUUGUAUUUAAAUGAAAACAAAAACGACAAAAAAAGUUUAGUACAACCACUUUCCAGCUCACUUAAGUAUUUCUCAAGUAAAGGAAACAGAACAGAAACCCAACUCCAUAGCACAUGUUUUAGAAGAAGAUUCACUUCUCUCUGUGUGUGUCUCUCUCAAUGGUCCAUCCUGUUCAAGACUGUUAAGAAAAAAACCAUUACAUCUGUUGCUCUUAUUAGCUGAUUGAUGUACAAACAAGGAGGUGAAAUUUAUACUGAAGAACUGUUCUGUAUAUCCAGGUUGUUGUUUUUUUAAAAAAAAUGAGCUACACUUUUGAUUAUAUGUUGCUCUUUUUUUGAGUGAAAUCAUGCAUACAAACCAAUGACUAAGCAAAAAGGAAAACAAGAUAUAAGCUUGUAUCAUGUGUUUCUGUGGCUCUGCUCUUCAUUUGCCAUUUGGGUAUAUUUGUGAAAAAGUCAUUGUAGAGAAUGUGGGAGAGGUAUGAGACUAACAGCAGUGCCCCCACUUCUAGCUGACUUUCAUCUGAAAACGAUGUACCGUACUGUACUCUAUAAAUACCACUAACAGUGCUUUAUUCUGCUGCGUUUCAUUGGAAUGGAUGCAUAAGCAGCAGCUACCAUCCUUAUAAGCUACCACUUUUGUAAAGGUUUUUUCCUUAUGUCUCCCUCUCUCUGAAAGGUGCAUUCUCUUCAUCCAGUUGCCAGAUUCCUGUCAGCCAGUGGGAACUGUGUGCAUUUCUGGAGGGAACAAAACUUUCUCCCUCUCCUUACACAACAUUCUCUAUGCUAACAGAGACAAGACAAUGAAGACUUGUUGGGUUUUUUAAAACCACUUUCCAAGAGACUUCUACCUUUUCAUAAAUUGCAGCUGUUGUACAGAAUAUGAGAAGAAAACAAACAAACCAACAAUAACAACGAGGUAAUUGAACCUACCACACAGGGGGUAUGUCAAAAUAUUUCUUAGGACAUGAACUCUGCCACUAUGUACCUUGUGAUCUUACCCUGUGUGUUAGGCUUGAUACAUUGAAUGAUAAUGGCAAUAUUUCGUCCGUUAAUGCUAAGGCUUGCUCUUUGAAAACAGGAGUGAAAGCGUCCUUGGGAGAACCCCUUGCAUCUAGUCAAGCCGCCAUCUUCGUCAAUGUUAAAGCAUGAACUUUCCCUCCCCCAUCUCUUGUAAUGGUGGAGAAUUAUGUUUACAGACUUUCCCCGCUACCCAGAAACAUUCUACUGGUUCUAUGUUCUUUACUCCUCCUUCGCAAGGAGAGAGAGGUGCAACUGUCCUAUCUAGGGCCAGAUUCAUCCCUGACAUAAUCACCCUGCAGCCAGUGGAAUUAUACUGGGAUCAAUUUGCCCCAUCUUUGUAAAGAAUCUGUACAUACAACUCUUGUAAAGUACACCUGCAAUGGCAGAAUCUUCUUGUUUCACCUGAUAAAAAGCUAGCUUCCUAGAAAAAAAUAAAAAUAAACAAACAUCUCAGAGAGUAGAGUAUUCUACAAUCGUCCGUGGCUUCCAGCACUUAGAACUCAGUAUGCAUCUAGCAUUUUUAACCUGUGUGGUUCAUUAUAUAAAAAAAACAAACAAACUCUUGUCUAUGCGAAGUGAAUGGCUUCUAAGUAAAGGUAUUAGGGGCACUUGAACAAUCUAUGGGAUUUCAAAAGCAAAAAGGGAUGAGUUUUCUUCAGUGAAGACAUGUCAGGAAACCAAGCACACUUUCUACCUCCGUUUCAGCUUUUUGAAACGUUUUAUUUUACGAUAAACCAAAAUUAAUUUCUGGUGUCCAAAAUAAAUCAUAGGGAUGUUUGUUCUUCCUUAUAAAAACAGGUAGCCUGGCUAUUUCUAUCGCUCUAGUGUAAAAAGUAUUCUGCUUUUCCAGUACUGUUAAUGCUGCCUUGUUUGAUGGGGGUGAGGAUCAUGCGCUAGGCCAGCCACUCACAACAUGGGAUUAUUCCAGCCAACCUCCCCUUCUAGCCAAGACCAGUUCUCAAGAGCCUCUGCUCUCAGUUAGUCCUACUCCUUCAACAGUCACUAGAACUGUCUGCUGUUGCUCUGAGGUAGGACAAAGCAGUAUUAGCGAAGUAGAGCCUGGAUGCUGAAUGCUGUUAUUUCACCUUGACUGCAAAGCCACAGGCACAUGAACAUCCCCUCCUUGACAAAUGAUCAGGUCGCUUAGGCACAUGAGAAACUGUCGUGUGGCUGCAGAGUGAUUAGGGCACUUGCCUCUUUUUCUGACGGGUGUGGGUUCAUUUCCUUGAUCUCACACUACAUAGCCCACCAGGAAGAUUAUAGUCUGGACCCUUGAGUUGGCAAGUCUAUGGUGGCUGAGCAUUGGCCUGCAUUCAGCUAAGUCCACCCAAGGACUUCCCUGCUCCCCUCUGCUCCCCCUGUGGGCCCUGCAUUGGUUCAGGGGAGCCCCGGAGAAGCUGGCAGGCAGGUGCAAGAGGCAGAUAGGCUUGUGCAGACGGAGCUUAGCUCUGUGCUGAAUUCCUCCCAUUGCUCCUAUGUGUAGGUUACAGAAAUGGCAUUGCCUUAACCACAUCAGCCAAGCAGGGUCUAAUGAUGCAUCUGCUGUGCCCUAAAAUGUAAUUUCGCACAGCUUUUAGGCAUAAUAUGUUUUAAAACAAAACCAACAUGUGAAUUAUGUUCUUUCUUAAAAAAAACAUUCUUGGGUGCUAAGCCUACCAUGGAAUGUAUAAUCUUAAAGUUAGGUUUGUUCUCUUAAUAGAUCUUCCAUCUAUAUUUUUAAAAAUUGUGAAGCCCUUCAUUGUCACUGCAGUGACGUAUGCAUGACCACACUGCUUAUUGGUGGCAGCUGUCAGUGUGGCCACCAGUUUGUGGUGGGUUGGUUGUCUGACUUGCAGGUGAAGGGUUUUGUCACCACAGCAUCUGCACUGAAGUGUGUUGAGCAGCAACAAGCAACAUUUCAGUUUUGCUAACAGACAACCCAGUCACCACAAAGAGCCACCGUGGCUGCACUGAGGGGGAACAGUUGCCACCCCCACAUCAAGCAGGGCCAUAAUUUGUACCAGUCCUUGGACCAUAGAUGGACGUGGGAAUGCUUCCUGUGUUACUUUGAGCAGAUAUGGGUGUGCAUGAGAAGGUCUUAAAAGGGUGGAUCCACAUGUUUUAGAGUUGAGGAUUCUGCUUCUUUGCCGUGAUUCAAGAGAAAAAGAUAAUUUGCAAAGAUUUCUCUUUAACCCCCAUACCGCUUUCUUUCCUCCCCAAGCCACGUGGGGGAAACUAGGGUGUGGUGGCUUAGAGAGGAAAUCAGUGGGCAGGAUUAGGGACCUGCUGUCCUGUUUCUUCCUUGCAAAUUAUUCCUUCUCCCACUUGCUGCAGAGAAGCAGUAAUAAGAGUUUCUGGCCCUGUGAUUUCUGACAAGCGUAUGUAGACCCAAAUAUGCAUGAGAAUGGUUUGUGAGAAAGGUAAUUGAACCUGCUCAUGCCCCAGAAAAGGCCCACACAUGGCAAGCCUCAGAGUCGGAAGCAGAGGCCUGCUUCUUCAGCUGUGCUUCUCAACACACUUGAAAGCGAGUUUCACUGAAAUCCACGGGACUUGAUUCCAAUUGAAUAUGCUUCGCAUUGGGGUGCAAGUCUUGCUUCUUAGGAGUCUUCCAAAAGUAACCUCAGAAGCUACCCAAAGUUUAUUAACCACUAACAAAAUUAAAUGAAAAAUAGGAAAAGUUUGUCUCUCUCGGUGUAAAAGCAAGCAGUAAAUUUCAUGGUCAAACUUGACAAUGCAGUAAAAUCAGUUAUUAUUGGUUCUUAACAAAAGGGAGUUUAGGAAGAGACUUUUGCAGGUGUUGAGAAGAACAAAAGAUCAAGUUUUCUGGGAACAUCAUUUGCCACGUUACUCUGGAAAUUCUUAGGAGUGCUGACGUGAAGAUGGCUCCUCUCCUCACUUCAGAAAGACCAUUCUAGAGAAGCCAUGGCUUUAAAACUAUAGCUAUACAACAUCUUUUGUGAACAAUUUUGAUGACUUAUAUACAGGUCUCUUUUCUGUUUGCCGAUGGACUUAGCCCAGUAUGCACCAAACCGGACAUACUCUUCAAAUGCUGUUUUACUACAGAUUAACAAUCUGUAACACUGUAAAAUACCAACCUUUACAAGUUUAAUCCAUUUUAUUUUUGUACAGUAUUCGUAUCCUUUCUAAGUUAUUUUCCUGUCCUGUUUUUGUAAAUCACAUGAAAUUGUAAAAAAGAAAAAAGUAGUCAUAGGUGUUUUUUGUACAUAUGUAUAUAUAAAUUGUCC